GGAAUACUGUCGUCAAAUCUCGCCCAGGGAACUUUUUGAUUUCUUUUACGCCUCCACCUCCAGACAAUGGAAACGGGAAGAAAAAAGACGAGGCGAUUCCUAUGAUGGGUAUGCUCAACUCUGAACAAGCAUCAUCAAGUCGACAGGUACCGAGUUGGGUUGAGCAGAACUGGAAUACCACCGACAACCAGAAUGGACGCGCUACUCCGAAAGACCUGAACCUGAUAGUAACUGAAACACCCGCUCCUGUUCGACCUUCAUCUCGACCAUCGACUGCCUAUGACGAGGAGGGGCACGGCCUUGACGAACCACAUUCUGCCUCAGAAGUUGUCGCCCUUCCCCCUGGCACGCCAUCAUCCUUCUCGUCUCCUCUUGCGCAGAGCAAUUACUUCUCACCGUCACCCAAGGAAGUAGAUCGCAUAUCGACAGCUGCUCUUCCUCCUACCCCCGACCCGGCUCGACGUGAUCCCAACACAAGCGCCGGAGAUUUCUUCGAGAGCCGCCACUAUGCUAUCACUUCUCCUUCAGAGCCACCACCAGAGGAUGGGAGUGCGAAACGUGUUGGAGGAGUUUUUGAUAGAUCAAUAUUCAGAGAUUAUAUGGAAGGAAAAGGUGUGUUGACUUUGAUCGAGCUUCAUCCCAACUCAUAACUCGAUAUUCGAAGGAGCCAAUUAAUAUAGGAGUGGUGGGCGAUGAACGACCAGUUGUUCGAUUUCCGCACAUAUUAGCAUUGAUGACUUGCGCCACAUUGUUCCACAACGUACCCG